UAUUUCGUGGUCAUUCACGUGAAUUUAUUGCUUUGGUGGUGUUGUUACGAGAGAAAAGUGAAUCCAAAUGAGUGUUUUGUGGAAAUAAAAGUGAAAAUAAUAGUAGAAAAAACAAAAAUAGUGUAAAUUCAUUGCGGUUAAAAUGGAAGUGUUUCAGACGGAUAACUACUAUAUUUUCGUGAAACGUGAAAAAAGUUUGUGGUGGCAUCGCAAGACAUCGGAGUUUACAAUCAAAGCUGGCUGGGAUCUCUCCUCUGUAGAUGACAUCGAGUGCAUCGGCAUUACACAUGGCAUCGUGGGCGUCGUCAAUUUGCCAAAUGUGUACGAACCACAUUUGGUGAUUGUAAAGGAAGCUACUCCCGUUGGCGUACUUUACGCGCCCAGUUUGGUGUAUAAAAUCAAAUCUAUUUGCAUUUUAAGCGCCGAUGAACCAGACACAGUAUUGACAUCCUGCACAAGGCACACGCGAAGCGCCAACAGCACUCCUACCCACUCGUCCUCAUCGAAUGCUUCCACUACGGGUAAUACCAAUAAUACGCCCGCCCCCAAAACAAAACUUUUCGAAGGUGCGCAGUUGAUGAAUAAAACGUGGGGCGCUGUGAAAAUUGCCGGCAACACUAUCAAGAAUACCACCCAACAAGCGGCCGCUUUGGCCUCGAAUCAAAUGAAAUCCUCUGUGGGCAUACGCGAUCCAUCGCGCAUAGCGAAGCGCAUCACAGAGGAGCUGCAUAAAAUAUUCGAUGACACGGAUAGCUUUUACUUCAGCUUCGACAGCGACAUCACCAACAACUUGCAGCGUCAGAGUGCGGCUGGCGAGCAAAAACAGCAGUAUGAUGAGCGUUUCUUCUGGAAUAUGCAUAUGAUUGCGGAUAUUUUGAAGUUUAAAGACAAUACGUGGGUAUUGCCGAUUAUACAAGGAUUCGUGCAAGUGGAGCCUUGCGUGAUAGGUAAUGAAUGCUUUACGUUGGCGGUGGUUUCGCGCCGGUCACGACUACGCGCGGGCACAAGGUAUAAGCGUCGUGGGGUGGACGAACAAGGCAAUUGCGCAAAUUAUGUUGAAACGGAGCAAAUAUUGUCUUUUCGUCACCAUCAUUUGUCCUUUACGCAGGUGCGCGCCUCCGUGCCCAUCUAUUGGAGCCAACCGGGCUAUAAGUACCGGCCACCGCCACGUCUUGAUAGAAGCGAGCAAGAAACGCAGGAGGCAUUCGAAUUGCAUUUUGCCAAAGAAAUAUCGAUUUACGAUGGUGUUUGUAUUGUCAAUUUGGUCGAGCAGAACGGCAAGGAGAAAUUGAUUGGCGAUACGUACGCAAAGCAUGUGAUAAAACUCAAUAAUGAUCGCUUAAUUUAUGUCACUUUUGACUUCCACGAUUACUGUCGCGGCAUGCGUUUUGAAAAUGUUUCUGCGCUUGUAGAGGCGCUUGCGACUGAAGCAGGCGCUAUGGGUUUUCAUUGGCGUGACCAGCGUGGUGUUAUUUGCAACCAAAAAUCAGUAUUUCGUGUUAAUUGUAUGGAUUGUUUGGAUCGCACAAAUGUCGUUGAGACAGCAAUAGGAAAAGCUGUGCUGGAAUCGCAGCUGGUUAAGUUAGGCUUAUCACCACCAUAUACACCGAUACCCGAGCAAUUGAAAUCCCCAUUUAUGAUACUAUGGGCAAAUAAUGGCGACAUAAUAAGUCGACAGUAUGCGGGCACAAACGCACUGAAGGGCGACUAUACUCGCACCGGCGAACGCAAGAUUAGCGGCAUGAUGAAGGACGGCAUGAACUCGGCGAAUCGUUUCUUCAUACAAAAUUUUGCUGAUUCCUUCCGGCAAUGUAUAAUCGAUUUAAUGCAAGGCAAGCUGGUCGAGGCCAAUCAAUUGAAAGAGGAUGAAGUUAUGAAGACAAUAUUACACAUUCUCUGCCCAUCUACACCGGCGCCUACACGCGGUUACUAUCAUGCCGGUGUGCUCGGUCCGGAAUUGCAUUUUCUGGAAAAUAUCGUAAACGCCAGUUACUAUCUCGCGCGUUUUAAAGAUUCCUAUCGUCAAGCCACCAUCGAUUUGAUGCUCGGCAAUCAAGUUUCACCGGAGUCGUUGAAUGCGUUGGGCGGGCAGAAUGUACCAGAUGAAACAGAUGCGCUGGAGAGCGCCGAGCAAGCCAAGUUGCUAGUGGAGGAUUGUCGCCGCUUGCUGUUGGGCUCAGCUCAAUACCCAGUGGGUUCGUGGGGUCUUAUAGAUGCCGAUCCGACUACUGGUGAUCUGAAUGAAACUGAGGUUGACACAGUGCUGCUGCUCACCAACGAUUGCUAUAUUGUCGCCGAGUAUGAUUCGCAUUUGGAUAAGAUUGUACGUUUUGAAAAGGUCCAGCUGCAAAAUAUUACACUGAUCGAAUUGGGGAUGUAUCAGCAAACAAAAUUGUUCCAGGGCACGGCGCCAGCGCUGCUCUGUUUGCGGUUCAACUACACUGUCGACGGUGUGGAUGGCUACUUCCAUAUGUUUCGCUCUGCCAAUAUACGAUUUUUUAAUAAUAUGGUUUUUGUGAUCAAGACGCAGGAGGAAGUUAUGGAGUCACUUACGGCCAUCGUUGAGAUGUUCCGCAUAGCACUGGACAAUAUCGGCAAGUCCGAUGUGCGCUACAUUACAGGUGGUGUAUUGCAACGGCGCAAGAGUCGGAAUCCAUUGCUCGAAGUACCGAGGGGUAUGCCGCGUAAUCUCUCCGAAUCUCAACUAGUGCAAUUUAGCUCGAAAGCCAUCUCCAAUGUUGCCGGUCAAUUUUCCAAAUUGGGGCAGUCGCUUAAUCCGAAUAAAAAUAAGAAUCUCAAUGCAAGCACAAACGCACAAAAGCAAACGAAUGAAAUAGCUAAAAUAAAUCCGCAAGUUAUGCGCCAGUCGGAGACGUCCAUCGAGCAUGCCGUUGAAGCUGAGAAGGCCAUGUUUUCGGUGGGACGAGCACAACGCAAUUCGCACAGUGGCAGCGAUACCGAUGAAAAUGACAGCAGCAUUUAUGAGCCCGAACUGGAUUCGGAUGUAGAUUUCGCUAUUGCUGCAACCAAUGUGGCCGCCGGCAAGUCGGGCUUUAACCAAAAUGAUUUUUUGCCCUCCGUUGGCAUUGUAAUGGGCAACACACUGGAUGGUGAACAGUCGUCAGCGUCCAUCGGCAAUAUGGAUCAUUUAGUGCAAAAGGAUAGCAUGAUGAAAAAUAGCGAAGAUGUUUAUGCCAUUUCAAUAUCAUCGGUUACCGAUCAUGUCACAAUGCCCACCGGGCUGUUGGAGAAUGCACCACCCAUGCGUCCGAUUACUCCAAAUCCGCAAAUUUGUGUGCAAGCCGAUAUGGGUGCGCAGGGAGCAGGCGGCGUAGCGCAACGUACCAGUGAAGCAGCUAAAGAUCUCAACCUACCGCUUGGUACGGCGUCAAGCGAUUCUGGUAAAUUUAAACAAUUGGCAAGUCCUUUAUCGCGGACAAUGGUGGUGAGUCCUUUAUCGAAAUUGGCAAAAGGUAUGCAAAACAUUGGCAUGAACCUGGAUCCACGUAAGAUUGCAUCGAAGACCGGAGUAUUGUCACCGACAAGCGCCUCUGCGGACAGCACACCGCCAUCGGAAAGGCAAAGUAAUCGCGCUCAAUUGCAGGAAUUAUGGGCGGAGCAUCAGUGCAAAACCAAGUUGAUCGCAUUGUAAAGGGAAUCAUUACUAAGAAGGGAAUAGUUUUUAGUGUUUAAGAAAAAAUUGCAGGAAAAAGGAAAAAAAAGGCAUAGAACUAAAAAGCGCACGCCCUCCUACAACAACAACAACAAAACACCACAUUCAAUAGCAGAUCAUCCUUCAAUGAGGGCCUGUUGUGCGAAAAUAUGUAUGCUUUUUUGGGAAUAGUGCGGGUAUACGCAUAAAAUAUUAAUAUUUGAGGAAUUUUGUAGUAGUCAGUUUUGCAUUGUAUGUAUAUUUAUAUGGAAUUAUAUAUUUUUUAUGCAUGCAUAUGUACUAUUCCAUAUGUAUGUAUAUAGGAAUGCGUGUGAUAGCGCACUGUCGCUUUGUGUGCGUUUUGUAGUGAGUUCUUUAAGCGCAAUAACUUAAGCAGAGCGCAUUUUUUUAUUAAACAAAUUUUAUGUGGUUACCAUUUGCAUGGCGCGUUUUCACAUUUUUUUAUUAGUGUAACUAUAUUCUAUGAAGUUAAAAAAAUACGUUUAACAUAAUUAUAUAAAGUAUUGGCCAAAACUAAAGCACCCCCCUAUGGCAUUUCAAAUAAUGUCAAAUAACUCAAUAAAACAACAUCGAAUAUUACUUACUUUUA